AUUAAUGAUUUUAUUGGUGAUAUCAUCUAUUAUAUGUUUAUAAGCAUAUGAGAUUGAUGUGAAUACCUUUUCUAACUAUUUAGAUGUUCACAAUAGACAUCUUCAUUUAGAAUGGCUCCUGAAUAUGGAUAAAAAAUACAUCAAUGCUACAUCUGUAUAUACAUUCUAAGUUGUGGGACCUUAAAUUAAUAAAGUAUUAUUAUUGUUUCAUUCUAGAUAUCUUUGGACAUAUACAAACUCAAUAUAUAUUCUACAUACCUUACCAAUGGACUUCUUCUACCCCAUACAAUUGACAGUCCUUAUGCAGAUUCUGAUCAAGGCUAGCGUCUUAAUAUUUAAUUAGACAGAACAUAUUAUAGAGGAGAAUAUAUAGAAUUAUCUAUCAAAUACUCAAUUGAUUCCAAAUCUAGAUCCAUUAGCUUUAUGACUAAAGAAUAGACCUCUACUAAAAGUAAUACUGUGUUCUAUAUAUAUAUAGCUAUGCCUUAUCUAUUCUCAUAAUGUGAAGAUGCCAAUUGUAGAGCCCUUGCUCCUUUAUAAGAUACUCCUGCCAUUAAAUAAACUUACACAGCCACCAUCAUUUUUAAAGAUACUGAAGCUGCAGAUGUUUUCAUGUCAGCUAAUGAAAGUUAAGAUUAAUUCUUAAUCCUUAAUAAACCAUAAGAUGAGCCUAAUUUCAAUUGGAAAUAUAAAUAUUUUAUUUAAGAAGUACCUAUUCCUAGCUACCUCAUUGCUAUUGUCGCAGGUAAUAUUGAGAAGAAAAAAACUAGUACUGGAGGUAGAACAUAUUUAAUCAGUGAACCUGAUAAAAUUGUUCCUUAUGCUGAUGAACUAAAAGAUAUGGAAUAAUUCUUAUUAGCCAUUGAAGAUUAUAUUGGUCCUUAUACUUGGGGAACUUAUACUUUAGUUAUUCAACCUCCCUCUUUCCCUAUUGGUGGUAUGGAAAAUCCACUUUUAACUUUUGCCAAUCCCUCUAUCAUGACUGGAAAAGGUACUGGGUUAUCAGUCACUAUACAUGAAAUGGCACAUUCCUGGUUUGGUAAUACUAUUACUUGUGUUAAUUGGGCAAAUAUGUGGAUUAAUGAAGGAUUCACUGUAUUUCUAGAAAGAAAAGCAUCCUUUACCCAUUAUAAUAGUACAGAUGAUAUUAAAUUAAAUGCCAUUAUUGGAAAUACAUCUAUGUAUCAAGAUAUGCUUGGGUAUGGACUUAAUAGUAAUUUUUCUUCAUUGCAUCCUGAUACCACUGGCCUUAAUCCAGAUGAUUCAUUCAGUGAAAUUCCUUAUGAGAAAGGAUUCCAAUUCUUGACUUAUUUAGAAUAAAUUGUGGGGCAAGAUGAUUUUAAAUAGAUGCUUAGAGCAUAUUUGGAUUAAUAUAAAUAUUAAUCGAUUGAUCAGAAAGAAUUUUAGAAUUUCUUAUUAAGAUACUUAUAAGAAUAGGAUGUCAAGGAUUUUUCAACUAAGAGAUAUAAGAUUUUAGAAAAUUGGGAUAAAUGGGUAUACAAUCCAGGAUUACCACCAGUGAUUCUUGAUUUUUCAACUAAUAAGUUAACAGAAGCUUAAGAAUAUUGUGAUGGAUAUAUAAGAGCUGAUGGAUAAUAGCCUACUAAUUGGUAGGAUUACGAUAAUUUCUUGCAAACUCAAAAGUUAAUUUUCUUAGAAGAUCUUUAUAAGAAAGCAGAAAACAAUUUAUUGAAAUUAAAUGUUGUUGAUUAAAUAGACAAAGAUUUAAAAUUAACUUAGGAGAAUGAUUUUGAAUUAAAAUUCCGUUGGUUUAGAGCUAUUUUAACAGCAGGAGAUAAAAAUCGUUUGACAUAAGUUGCAGAAUUCUUAGGUUAAAUUGGAAGAGGCAAAAUGGUGUAUCCAGUUUAUAGAGCCUUAAAUUAAUUAGAUCAGUAUAAGUUUAAUAUAUGUUAGUGAAUUUGCGGUUUAAACAUUUUAGACUCAUGAAGCAUUCUAUCAUCCAAUUGCUAGAAAUAAUAUCAGAAAUAUCCUAGGAUUAAGAGACUCAUUUAUAUAAUGAAAAUAAUAAAU